AUCAUAUCCGCCCAUCCGCACACGUCCUCGUACACGCUAGACGUUCCCGAAGACUCUCACAUUCAUCCCACUUUCCACGUCUCCCAACUGAAGAUGCACAUCCCUAACGACGAUGCCCUAUUCCCUGGCCGCUCCCGCGCUGAGCCAGAACCCAUCAUCACCGAAAGCGGUUCUCAAGAAUGGUUUAUCGACAAGAUCCUCGAUCGCAGGAAAUGCGGUCGCGGUUGGCAAUAUAAAGUUCGCUGGAAAGACGAAGACGCACGCGCCGACCGUUGGCUCCCGGGCAGUGAAGUCGAAGAUUGUGAAGCUCUCGACCACUUCCUUCGC